AUGUUCGGGAGCCUGCUCAGAAAUUCAGGGCCAAGGCUCAGCUUGGGUUCAGCCCUUGCAUCGCGAAUUUUGACUAGAACCUCGAUUGCACGGCCUUCACUCUUUUCUAGGUGGUCAUCUCCAGCAAGAGCCAAAAAUGUCCAAGUAAGUAGAGGGCUUUUCACUGGAACAACCUUGAGACAGGCUGCUGCAACUAUAAAGAAACAGCCUGCCAAAAAUCUCUUGAACUCUUCAAAAAGCGUGGGCUAUUGGCUUGUGGGUACAUCGGGCCUUGUAUUCGGGAUAGUUGUGUUGGGUGGUCUUACGAGAUUAACAGAAUCAGGACUUAGUAUAACUGAGUGGAAACCUGUUACAGGUACCCUACCGCCAAUGAAUGAACAAGAAUGGCUGGAGGAGUUUGCGAAGUAUCGGGAGUCUCCUGAGUUUCAGCAACUUAACUCACACAUCGAUCUAGACGAGUUCAAAUUUAUCUUCUUUAUGGAGUGGGUGCAUAGAUUAUGGGGUCGCGCCAUUGGUUUAGUCUUUGUCCUCCCUGCAGUUUAUUUCGCAGCCGCUAGGAAGACUUCUCCACGUGUCAACAGAAGAAUCUUCUCACUGUCACUUCUUCUUGGCCUACAAGGAUUUAUCGGGUGGUGGAUGGUCAAGUCUGGACUUGACAAAGAACAACUCAAAGAAAGGAAUUCAAAGCCCACAGUCUCUCAGUAUAGACUAACGACUCAUCUGGGCACAGCGUUUUUACUCUACAUGGGUAUGCUAUGGACUGGAAUAGAGAUUUUGAAGGAAGCUAAGUGGAUCAAGAACCCAGCAAAGGCUCUCGGCGUGUUUGCCAAACUUGAUAAUCCCGCAGUUACUCCUUUGCGUAGGAGCGCCCUGGGACUUUUGGCUUUGACUUUUGUUACAGCGAUGACGGGUGGGCUUGUUGCUGGCUUAGACGCUGGUUUAAUCUACAACACUUUCCCCCAUAUGGGAGACGACUGGAUUCCUAGCAAGAGAGAAUUACUUGACCCUAACUUUGCUAGAAAAGACGACGAUAGCGACCUACUUUGGAGAAACAUGUUAGAGAAUCCAACCACAGUGCAGCUCAACCAUAGGAUUUUUGCCACGAUUACUUUCUUCAGUGUGUUUGGCAUGCACAUGUGGUGUAACAGGAUGAAGCACGUUUUGCCUAAAAACGCUAUCAAGUCCAUGCACUCUAUGAUGGGCGUUGCAACUCUUCAAGUGGCACUGGGAAUAUUCACCCUGUUAUACUUGGUGCCAGUCUCAUUAGGCUCCCUUCAUCAAGCCGGAGCCAUUGCAUUGCUGACUAACGCGCUCGUUUUCGCAUCUCAGUUGCGUAAACCUAGAGUGCCCAUGAGAAUUUUGGUUGGGGGGCUUUCCACGAAGGCGAAUUCAAAUGCGGGAAGCAAAAUUUUGACCGAAGCAUCCAGAUUGGCAAAAUGA